AUGUCUCUGCUCCCACAACUGCAUGCCGUCAGGGAGGCAGUUCAUUGGUUCGUGCAUUGGUUCGAUCGCGCAACACGUGGCACGCCCGGCGUGAGGGCCAGAAUGUUCUUGAAGGCAGUGCGCCGCCACAGGGAUGCGGGCUUCAAUGUUAGAAGAAACCCCGGCACCGGUGUGAGGAUUGCAGUGCCAAAUCGUUACUCAGACGAGGGUGACUUUCAUGGGUAUCAUGGGACAUCCUCCUUGCACUGGCAUGUGGAGGCUGAGAGUCUGGCAGAAGCGGAUGAGGCUUUGACCCAGAAGCCUGCACGCACGAUGCAUCUUAGUCUUGGGAGACGGAUGCCCGGGUCAGAAGAUGCGGUCCUGGACAGAGUGACGAAGCUGAGCAUGGCAAGCGCAACUUGA